UGGAUGAGUCUCCGUCUUCAAAGCCUCUCCAAACCCACUAGUUUCAGCAUCAGGAAAAGACAGCCUGAGAGAUGAAGGGAGGUUUGAUGGCAGCUCUGUCUGAGAACGUGUUGACAGUCAACAUGUUACUGAGUGUCUUCUUUCUUCCAGGUAUUUAUGCUAAUAGUUGUGGUGGGAGAACACCACUCAUCACCAUUACUACACCAAAGCCAACUGCAGCACUGAGCGGAUCUUGCUUGAACGUCCCAUGUAGCUUCACAGCUGAAAAAGGAAGCAAAGAAUUUGACAGUAGUAAAAAAACCCGUGGAGCAUGGAUUAAAGAUGGAAAUGAUAUUUAUAACAUCAAUAAUGGGGUUGACACAAAUUUAGUAAAUAUUACUGGAAACCUGAGUCAGAAAAACUGCACCUCUCUGUUUUCUGAUAUAAAAACAAGUCAAGCAGGCAAAUACUUCCUCAGAAUCGAGAAUGGUGGCUACAAGGGAACAGCUUGUUCUGAUCCGCUUCAGAUAACAGUUGAAGAUUCUCCUUGGGGUCCCAACAUUAACAUGUCUGGUGGUGAUCUGAAGGAGCAUCAGUCUGUCACUAUAACCUGCUCAGCUUUGACUCCCUGUCCACACUCACCUCCUGAACUCACCUGGAAUCUCCAACAAGACUCUCACAGACAAACAGAGAAAAACACAGAUGGAACCUUUACAACUAAAAUCCAGGAGAACAUCACUCUGUCAGACACACAUGAUGGAUACAACAUCAGAUGUUCUGCCAGAUAUCCUGUGAAUGGAGGAAACAAGACAGCAGAGACAGCAGUGACUCUCAGUGUUUCAUAUGCUCCUAGAAACACCUCAGCAUCCAUCAGUCCAUCAGGUUUGGUGUCAGCAGGUAGCUGGGUGGAGCUGAACUGCUCCAGCAGAGCCAAGCCUCCUGCCAGCUUCACCUGGUUCAGGAACAGCAAACAUGGAGCCAUUAAUGUAUCUGUGGGGCAGGUUUACAGCUUCAAUGUUACUGAGGGAGGAGAGUUUUACUGUGUGGCUACAAAUGAUCUGGGUCAUCACCCAUCUUCAAUGGUCAGUCUUCAAAUUAAGGAUUUGCUGAAUCAGGGUCUAAUGUGGGUGAUAAUCUCAGCAGGAGUUAUUGCAGCCAUCUGCCUUGUUGCUUGCCUGGUUGUGUCAGUUUGGUGCUUUAGGUCCAAACAUCCAACUCAACAGCAGACUCAGAGUCAAACAAGUGUGGAGGUUUACGAUCAGAUGUCAGACAGUGAACCAAAGGCUGAACUCCAUUAUGGGGAACUGAUCAUCUUGAAGAAGACACCUGAAGUUUCCUUCAUCUCAGUGCAGGACAGGGGUCAGCAGGAGACGGUGUACGCACAGAUCCAGGCAGAAAACGUCUCAACACAGACAGCUGACAAUCCAGAGAGUCUCUACGCUGAAGUGAAGAAAGAAUAACUUCUGUUGUGUGAUCACAUGUUUAUGUUUUGUUUCUAUCAUGAGAUACUUUAUGUUUCAGACAGGAAGUCUUGUUCAUGAGUUCAGAUUUUAUUUUGUUAGAAUAAAACUGUAUUUGGGUAAAAUAAAAGUCAGAUUUUUUAUAAUUUCUAA